UUAAGAAAGCCCGUUACGUUGGAGCUCAAGCUGCCCAAUUCAAUACUUACGUUACUCUGAAGCUUCAAAACGUCAAAUCUACAACUGUAACAGUUAAAGGAGCAUCGCCAUGUUGGGCACAAGAUUUUUUAUUCGAAACAAGCAAUCUAAAUACAGGGUUAUUAAUAGAGGUAUGGAGCAAGGGCAUGAUAUGGGAUCGUGCAAUGGGAUACCAUUGGAUACCUUUACAGACAGUCCACUAUACAAUCGAGGAGGGUACUGGCCAAUGGUUAUCAUUAGAUGCAGAACUAGUAAUGAAAGACGGAGAAGUAGUUGGUACGAAAAUGGCAACCGGACAUUCUUUGCUGGUCGAUUGCCGCUUCGAACUGCCUUUCGAUCCUGAGAAUAUGGACGCAUCUGAUUUACAAAGAAAAUUAGAAACCUUAAACAAAUGGAUAGACAUGGAGGCCAGAACUGAGCAGGCCAACAGACACUUCAACUUCAUUGGUAGAUCCAAUAGUAAUCACUUUGACAAUGACAUUUCAGCGGGAUAUUCGGAGGAUAGCGAUUACACAUCCGAUCUGAAUUAUCCAGUUGGACAACAUGCGAAUUCUUCCGCGUCUCAAUUCCGCACCGCUGCUCAUCAAUUGAACACGCCUCAAAGAUCGCUCGAAACGAGUCGAGAGAACUCGUACGAGCGAGAAGAGGGCAGUGGUGCCCAGUAUUUGGUCACACAACCGAUAAUACAUCAACAUCAUUUAAGUCCAGGCGGUCAUCGGAGGACCCAACAACAAUCCUCAAAGAGGUUUUCUCCAAACAUUGACGACUACAAUUCCUACAGCAGCAAUAUUCCAGGAGGGACUUUGCGCCACUAUGCGGAGAACAACAUCGACUCGGAUCCGUUGUUUUAUAACAGCAGGCCCAGAAGCAAACCAGAUAUUUUCAGUCAAGAUGUCUGGCAGAGCUGCGAAAGCUCUUUCUACAACCAAAGCAUGGAUAGUGUGGAUGCUGCUUUAUCUGUGGAUCCAGUUUGUUAUGGAAUUCAAGCAGCAGUUAAGAAAGCGUUGAGGAGACCAAGUUUGGAGAGACAAACGACUUUAUAUGAUGAUGCAGCAUGUUAUGACACUGGCCAAACCACGUUUUAUACAGCGGCUGAAGUCACUCAAGUUAACUACGUUAGCAGUUCCAUUUCGUUCAAUCAGAACCAAAGCUGCGAUGAAUAUUACGACAGCUCUUCAUUUCCCUUUCAAGAAGAAAUGUACGGGCAGGACCAAGAGGAUCGCCAAUGGGACUCGGGAGGGAACGUCUACAAUGAAACUGUUCCAAUGAGCAAAUCUGCGGGAAAAUCUGGUAAAAAACUGCCCGCAAUUCCUCUAGCACAAGGGCACAAGCGGAGGUCAUCCACAGCGGCGAUGGAUGAAGGGUACAUGGGAUAUGGCGAUGAUAACUUCCGACCUUCCAUAACAACUCCUUUGGGUAGAAGGAAAAUGCCUCAAAUUCCCACUAAGCGGAGUUCGAGUCGUCAAAGCUCGUACACUGAAGAUAAUUUGAAAACAUUCGAGACGCCUUCACAUCGAGGAGCUAGCCUUCCACCAACCCCAACAAGGAGCUCCAGCAAGGUCUUGGCAAAAGUCCAAAUUCCUGCAAAUUCGGCUUUCAACAGUCUACCAACAACACCUGGCAGACAGCUGCCGAAACCGGAUCCCAACCACCGCAGUGCCAAAGCAAUUCGGAACAAUCGGAUGAAAAGAACCAGUUCUGCAGACUAUGGAGAAACUGAUACUUACGAUAAUUACUACAUAAGAGCAGGUGCGGCAAGUGCUCAGAACUAUAACGAAGACUAUAAUUACGCAUAUCGCAGCAUAGAAGACAACCUUCCAGAAGAAGACAAUCUUGUAACAAGUUUCGCCGCCACAAAACCUUCCGUCAGUGAAACUAGAACUAGUACCGCAAAUAACAUUAAUAGCAUAUAUUUUAACGCACAACACACAAACACUAAUAGUUACUAUUCAAAGCAACUAGGUAGCAAUAGUCCGCUACUCCAGUUCCAGAACACUGAUAGUUUAGAAAGUAAAGAUGAUGAAUUGAAGGAGUCUUCUUUUGAGACAGUUGUGUCGUCAGUGAAUAGCAGCAAUCAGUACAAUCAAGCAAAAUCGAUACCUUACAGUGACUAUGCCAGGUUUUCCAUCGUUGAUGAUGGGGAAAGUAGAACUGCAGCCCAUGUGCCUGAAAGCUUUGGAGACCAUCAUUCCAAAACCAAAGCAAUAUGUGAUACGACUUCGACAACAUCAGUCGCUACUACAAUGAUGAACAAUCAGACUGCAUUACGGAACCAAAGAACCAUGGUUAAACAAGAAUCUGUGGAUCAUUCGUUGACACAUCCCUAUCUCAGUCACCAGCAGUCCAUCGACAAUACUUUCCAGCAAAUUUCAAGCUACAUUGGGACUCAGAUAUCGGACCAGAAACGGAAUAGUUUAGAUAAAAAUCAGGUGAAUGGCUAUCAGCAAAACCAAGUUACUGGGUACACGACGAAACCGAUUUCUUCAUACGACCAAGACACCAAUAAAUUUGCGAAAGAUUCCGGCAGCUUUCAGUCCAAUAAUAUCAGUGGGUAUCCACGAGGAGCUUUGGUUGAACAGUACAGUGAAUACGAAGAAGAGCCGUAUCUGGAAGCGCAAGAAAGUAUUGACAGUUAUGUUGAUGAAGAUGCUGGAAAUACUGGUGGUGGCCACCAAUCUGAUUAUCCGAAGGCGCCGGUUGUUACUAAAGUGUCCACAAAUCAGCAUGACUCUCCAGCAAAUGAUAGCGUUGUUGAUGAGGAAACUGGUAGUUUGCGGAGGGGCUCGUCACAGAUAACAAUUGUAGAUCCCUAUCAUCCUUCGUUGCAACAGAGAUCGUCCGUAUCUCUAGGCAGACGAACAAGUGAUUCUGCAUCUUCUCGAAAACUAUCAGAUAGUUAUCCUGGUUUUGAGGAUACUCUUGGAAGGAAACCAUCAAUAGUUGAUGCUAGUGGAAUUCCACGUCGAGGUUCAGUUCGUCACUCGCCAACAGUAGUGCCAACUGUUACCAUACAAACUGAUUAUCGCGAGAACAUUCCCGAGGAAAAUCACAUUACUAAAUUGCAGCAUGAUGAUUUACAGAAAACUGCAUACGAAGAAGAUGAACAAAAGGAAAAGGUGACUGCACAUGCACGAUGGCUCUGGGCGUUCAACAAGAUUCUCCUGCAAAUUCAUGUAAGUAAAAUGUUUCCCAAUCAGUUGAUAGUUAACUAAUGAUUUAAACUCACAAUGAUAUUAAGUGUUUGUG